AUGCUUUAUAUCCUCUUCCUCCCUUUUAGCAAUCUAGUCAGCUACGUACGCUACUUGAAUGUGAAGGCCUUUGUUGAAGUCACGGUGGCCGGUGAGAGCAUUCGUGAGGCUCUUCUCCACCUUGUUCGUCUCUCUGGUCUCGGAGCCAUGAAACCAAACACCGUUUGCCUCGGUUUCUAUGACAACGCUGAACCCAUGGUAAGAGCAUUUUCUUUCGUCUAA